AUGAACUUCAGGCUGAAGAAUGUGUCCGGCCUGUCCCUAGACUUCCUCGCCCUCAACCUGCUCGGCUGGGCCGCCUACGCCACCUUCAACUGCGUCAUCUUCUUCAUCUUCGAGUGCCCCCGGAAGCCGAACAGGCUCGGCGGCGCGGCCGCGGCCGCGGGCAGCGGCGCCCCUGGCGGCGGGGCGCCUGAAUCCAUCAGCGGCAGCUUCCUGGGCGCGGGCCCAAAGGCGGCCGAGCUGCUGUAUGGCGGUUUCUGCCCCUACGCCGUCGAGGUGAACGACGUGGCAUUCGCCCUGCACGCGCUGCUGGUGACGCUGCUGACGGCGACGCAGUGCGUCGCCUACCCCCGCGCCAAGGGCCAGAGGGUGCACGCCGCCGUCGCCGCCGGCGUCGCGGCCGCGGCCGCGGCGGCAGCAGCGUACGGCGCGGCGGUCGCAGGGCGGUGGUCGUGGCUGGGGCCGGCGGCGGCGCCGUGGCUGCACUGGGUGGACUGGCUGUAUUUCCUCGCCUGGAUCAAGAUGGCGGUCACCCUCAUCAAGUACAUCCCACAGGCCGCGCUCAACUGGCGGCGCCGCAGCACCCGGGGCUGGUCGAUCCUCAACAUCCUGCUGGACUUCACCGGGGGCGCGCUGUCGCUGGGGCAGCAGCUGCUGACCUGCUGGGCCACCGGCGACUGGGCGCCCGUAACCUCCAACCCCGUCAAGCUCGGGCUGGCGCUGGCGUCAAUGGCUUUUGACGCCCUUUUCAUGCUUGCCGCUGCAAAAACGCUCGCGGCUGUCGCAAGCCUGCGGGUAUUCUUCGCCAGCACGCGCGCCGACGACGCUACCGACACCCGCGCGCGCAUGUCGCAGGUACAACACUACAUCCUCUACUCCAACGCGCCACCCAUCGCCGCGCGGCGCGCCGUCGCUGCCGUUCCCGCCGCCGCUGCCGGCGCGAGCGCCGGCGCGGCGCUGGCCCAGCCGCUGCUGGCGGGCGCCGCCGCCCGGGAGGACGGCGGGGGGCAGCGGCGGGACGCCCAGGGGCAGGUCUAG